AUGAGCGCCCAGCACGAAGCCAAGACCUUCGUGGUGUGGGACUACCUGGUGUUCGCGGGGAUGCUGCUCGUCUCCGCACUCAUCGGCGUCUAUUGUGCCUUCUGGGGUGGCGGCCAGAAGACCCAGAAAGACUUUCUGAUGGGCGGCCGGAAGAUGACUGCGGUGCCCGUGGCGGUGUCCCUCACGUCUAGUUUCAUGUCCGCCAUCACCAUCCUGGGUAUCCCCUCCGAGAUCUAUCGCUUCGGGGCCAUAUUCACCUUGUAUGGGUUCUCCUAUAUCAUUGUGGUCGUCUUCACCUCGGAAGUCUUCCUUCCUGUAUUUUACAAGCUGGGUAUUACGAGCACUUACGAGUAUCUAGAACUUCGUUUUAACAAAUACAUUCGCCUCUGUGGAACGGUUCUGUUCAUCAUUCAAACGUUUCUGUACACUGGAGUUGUCAUUUAUGCCCCAGCUCUUGCUAUGAAUCAAGCCACGGGGCUCAACCUGUGGGGAAUAAUCAUUGCCACUGGAGUGGUCUGCACCUUCUACAGCUCAAUGGGUGGAUUCAAAGCCGUUGUCUGGGUACAUGUUUUCCAAGUUGGAAUCAAGAUGGCUGGAUUUUUGUCGGUGAUCAUACAGGGUAUUGUGGUUCAAGGUGGAAUCAGCAAUAUCCUAAAUGAUUGCUAUAAUGGAGGAAGAUUAAACUUCUGGAACUUUGAUCCCAGUCCUCUUCGAAGAUACACCUUCUGGACAAUCAUCAUUGGUGGGUCCAUCACAUGGCUCACCAUCUUUGGUAUCAACCCAGCUCAAGUCCAGAGGUACAAUUCCUGCAAAAGCCGUUUCCAUGCAAAAAUGUCCCUUUAUAUAAAUCUUAUAGGAUGCUGGGCAAUUCUUGCCUGUACAACCUUGUGUGGUCUUGUCCUUUAUUCAAGAUACCAUGACUGUGAUCCUUGGACAUCAAAGAAAGUAUCAGCACCAGACCAGCUCAUGCCCUAUUUAGCAUUGGACAUUCUGCACGAUUUUCCAGGACUCCCGGGCCUCUUUGUGGCAUGUGUAUAUAGUGCAACACUGAGCACCGUGUCUGCCAGCGUGAAUGCUUUAGCCGCAGUAACAAUCUCAGAUCUCAUCAAACCUUACUUCCCAUCACUCUCGGAGAAGACUCUGUCUUGGCUUUGUAAGGUGACAAGUCUGCUCUUUGGAGCCCUAUGCAUUGGAAUGGCAGCCUUAGCAUCACUCAUGGGAGCUUUGUUACAGGUAGUACUCAGUAUCUUUGGUGUGAUUGGUGGACCCCUUUUGGGCUUGUUUUCUUUGGGCAUCUUGGUCCCUUUUGCCAACUCAAUGGGGGCAUUUGUAGGGCUUGUUGCGGGAUUUAUCCUUUCUCUUUGGGUUGGAAUUGGAGCUCAGCUUUAUCCUCCCCUUCCAGAGGCAAGUUUACAAUUGAGCCUCAUGACAGAUGGUUGUAACAUAACCAGCUUCCACCACCAGAGGAACUGGACUGCAGCUACAGGAACACCAGGUUCACCAAAUGCUUUUCAAGGUCACCACGCUGAAAGAACUCCCCUAAUGGAUAACUGGUAUUCUUUAUCAUUCCUGUACUUCAGCACUGUUGGAAUGUUGGUCACUAUAUUUGUGGGACUAAUUGUUAGCCUCCUAACAGGAGGAAGGAAACAGAAUACUGAUGAUAGAGUCCUACUAACCAAAGAUGAUUUUUUAUCCAACUUUGAUUGUUUCAGGAAGGAGAAACGAGUUUUAAGCCAGCAGCUUAAUGUGGUAGAAGAUGAUGGAACUAAACAGCCUGACUUCAAUGAACCAACCAAUCAAUCAACACAACUUUAA